AGAAAAGGAAAUUAUAAUUGAUACACAUCCAGCUCUAGGGUUUCGGUUUGUGAGGCUAGCUACAUGAGAGGAUGGACCGCGCCUUUCGCCGUCUCUGUUUUCUCGCCUAACACCGCCACACACUCUCACACACGCUUAUCGCCCUUCUUCUACCUCAAUCUCCAUAAAAAAAAAUUUCUCUUCUCCUACCUCUGAUUAACUUUCUUUUUCUUCUCUCCCUCCAAUCCGAUCGUUGUUUAAUGUUUUUAUCUCCAUAGCUCACCUUGCACGAGAAACUGUACAGUAGAGCUUCAGGUCAAUUUUGAUUUAUUUGUUUAAAGAUGAACCACUGGGCGGACACGAGGAACUCAGUUACGGUGUUGGAAAGGGACCACACCGUUUUCUGUCCGAAGCCACGCCGUACUGGUCUCCUCCGUAACCCCACCACCGUCCACCACCACGACCGCGACCACCACCUUCAUCCUGUUCGGUCUUUCAGAUGUAACUUCAGCCACCAAGUGGAGCUAUGUGGAUCAAAAGCAGAGACUGAUAUAUUGGAUAUUAUUCUGAUGAAGGAUGGAUUUGGUGAGGAACAAGUUCAUACACAGGCAAUAGAUUCCUCCUCGUCGCCGCCCCCGUUUUUCAGCGGGUCGCCGCCGAGCAGAGUAGCUAACCCAUUAACAAAAGAUUCUCGUUUUACAGAAGACAUUGACAUGACAAUGGUUUCAUCCCCACAGCCUCUUGUGGGAGGAGGGGGGCGUGUCCGAGACAAUUUUGGGAACAGACCCACCCUUAGGAUCGAAGGGUUCGAUUGCCUAAACAGGCACAGCAGAAACUGCAGCAUCCCUGCCCUUGCUUAAGUUAACCGAUAAACCCUAAAGACACAGUAGUAAGUAUAUAGUGUAUGGAGUUCUAAGAAUAUGAUGAUGCAAAAAAAAAAAAAAAAAAAAAAAAAAAAGAGAGGUUGAGAAGUUAAAGUUGCAAACAAAUUAGAGUCUCUUUGAAGGAGAGAAAGAAGAAUCCUUUUGCAGAGUGUAAAUAUCUUUUUUUUACGGAUGGUAACUUUGUAAGUUUUUUUUUUUUUGUGUUCUUGGCACUAUAAGUAAAAAGAAAUAAAAGUGUCCUGUUAAGACCCAAUCUUCUGUUAUGUUUUUGGAUGUUUGAUUAUAAUAUAUUUAAGAGUCGGUCUAUGGUUGGUCA